CGUUUUCUUCUUUAUUUUAUAAACAAUGAAAGGACGUUUCAACAGCAUAAUUUAUAUUUACAUCAUAAAUGUGUUUCUUUGUUCAACCUCGUUUGUACGAUGUGCCACGAUAAAUGACACAGAAUCACUUCUGGCUAAUAUACAGGCAAAUUACAAUAAGAAUGUAAGACCGACGUAUGAUCAAUCACAAGCUAUUCAAGUUAACAUUGUGAUGUAUUUAAAAUCUAUACAAGAAUUUGACGAGGUGCAGAAGAAAUUUUCAUUUGUUGGAGCAAUGGGUGUGGUAUGGCACGACUACAAGAUGCAGUGGGAUCCUUAUCAGUACGGAGGACUGUGGGUAACUACGCUUAGUUAUAACGAUAUUUGGGUCCCAGAACUAGUUUUGUCCAGCCCAUCUGGGAAAGGAGUAUCGGUUGGGAAAAGUACGGACGUUCUCCGCAUUACUAACUAUGGAACGGUUUAUUGGUACCCGUCAGAUUUAUUUCAAAGUACGUGUUCCGUUAACGUAAGAUACUAUCCGUUUGAUAUUCAGAAGUGCACAACCUCAUUUGCUUCCCUUGGAUAUAAGAAAUAUGAGGUAAAUCUUACCCAUGGCCAAGAAACUGUAGAUUUUUCGGCCUACUCAGAAAAUGGAUUGUGGAGAGUUGACGGUUCCGAAACGAAAACACAACUUUUAGGAGAUGGUGAAGAAAUGGAAAUCAGUUUCACUGUACACCUUAGUAGGAAAGCGGCAUACGUUGUAGUCAAUCUGCUAAUGCCAACUGUUGUGUUAAGUUUAAUGAACGCUUGGGUUUUCAUUCUGGUUCCCGAGUCCGGAGAGAGAAUUGGAUACACUAUCACAACGCUUCUAGCAAUUGCCGUCUAUAUGACCAUAGUGAGUGAUACACUUCCCAAAACCUCGGAACCAGUGCCCUUAAUUUCUUACAAAUUAAUGGCGGAUUUGGUAACAAGCGCACUUACUGUGUUUGUUACGAUUUUGAACGCGCGCAUGCAUUUAAGAAGCGAUACUGAGAUGGUUCCAAACUGGUUGCAGCGUUUGUACAACUCUCUAAGAUGCGUCAGUUGCUGUAAAACCGAAAGGAUAGUUCCAGAAGACGAAAGUGCUGGUCAUUUUAAAACGGAAGAUAAUAUGAAGGGUCUACGCACAGACAAAGACGGCAUUAAAAAUCCAGAUAACGAAGCCUUCGUCAUGGAACAAUCGCACAAUGAUAAAACAGUGACCUGGAAAUCGAUAAGUAACAUGAUUGACUGGAUUUCAUUGAUUGGAUUUUCUUUCUUUUCAUUAUUGAGCUUUUUCAUAUUUAUUGGAAUAACAUCAUCUUCAAAAUAGUCAUUAGAACUUCCAAGAUAAACUUCGAUGUAUGAAAGCGAUUUUACGAAAAAAGUUCAUUUUUUCUCAAAUUGUUAUAAAUAUUUGCUGCCGAUUAAGAUCCCCUUCCAGACUUGAUUUAUAAAAUUAUGUAAUGUGGAGAUCCAU